AUGCGCUUCACCCUUGCUCUCCUUUUCUUCUUGCUCACCCUCACCGCUGCGCUUCCUGUCGCCGACCCCGCCAACAACAAAGCGUCUUCGGACAAGAAAAAGCUUGUCAACGGCAUUAAUGAUAAUAUCAAAGCGGGUAAAAAGGAAAUUUCAGCUACCGAAAAGGCCCAAGACGCUGCCAAGAAAAAUGAUGGAAAGGCCCUCAAAAAGGACGAGAAGAAUAUAGGCAGUGCUUUGGACGAGGCAACCAAAGCUCGCAAGAAGAAUCAAAAGAUUGCCGGGAACAAAGACCCUGCUUUAACUAAGGGCUUAGGCAAGGUAGAACAGGCACAAAAGGGUGCUAAGAAGACCGUAAAUGGUCUCACUGGUGAUCCCAAGAAGGAUAAGGGAUCGCUUGACAAGUUGGACAAGACAUUCAAAAAGGGCAAGGCGACCAAUGCCGAGAAUCUGAAGGAGGCCAAGAAGAACUUCAACUGA